CGUGCAGUACCGAAGGGAUUAAUUUUUGCACUUGGAGAGCCAUGGCGGGCCCCGGAGCAGAGCUAAAACCUGCCGUAUUGAAGCACCGGCGAACUACACUCGAACGGGUCGAAAAGUUUAUCUCCGAGAUAUACUUCACGGACUGCAACCUCCGGGGCAGGUUGUUUGGUGCUUCCUGCUCGUUGGCAUCUCUCUCUUGCUUUGAAACCUCACAGCGGAUUCCAUAUGACGAAGCUGUCAGACAAGAAUUUAGGCUUGUGAAAGUUGGAGACUGUUUUGGAAGCACAUGGCAGACCUGCUGGUUCAAAGUAGAUCUCAGCAUCCCCAGGGAAUGGACAGGAAAGGAAGUCCACCUUCUUUGGGAAAGUGAAGGAGAGGGAAUGAUUUGGAGGGAUGCCCAACCUGUGCAGGGUUUGACGCAGGAAGGUGAGAAGACCAGCUACAUUCUGACAGAUAAUCUAAAGGAGACGGACCCCCACAGCUUGACCCUGUAUGUGGAGGUUGCCUGCAACGGUCUGUUUGGAGCUGGAAAAGGCAGCAUGAUUGCACCACCUGAUCCUGACAAGAAGUUCUCCCUGCACAAGGCAGAGCUGGUGGUCUUCAACAGGGAUGUCCAUGAACUUCUGGUAGACUUUGAGAUUCUUCUGGACAUGGCUAAGCUUCUUGGGGAGGAAAAUCAGCGGAGCUUCCAGGCCCUUUACACAGCCAAUCGGAUGGUUAACCUGUGUGAUGUUGCCAACCCAUCGACUUUUGCUGCAGCGCAUGAACUUGCCUGCUCCGUCUUCGGUCAAAAGAAUGGAGAGAGUCAGCACGUCAUCCACGCCAUGGGCCAUUGCCACAUUGAUUCCGCUUGGCUGUGGCCUUACGAUGAGACGAUCCGUAAAUGUGCUCGCAGCUGGGUGACUGUCAUACGUCUGAUGGAGAAGAACCCGGAGUUCACCUUUGUUUGCUCACAGGCUCAGCAGUUUGAAUGGGUGAAGAACUGGUAUCCUGGGUUGUACUCUACAAUCCAGAACUUUGCGAAAGAAGGGCGUUUCAUUCCUGUUGGGGGCACCUGGGUGGAAAUGGACGGCAACCUUCCAAGUGGAGAAUCCAUGGUUCGUCAGUUCCUGCAGGGACAGCGGUUUUUCCAGCAGGAGUUUGGGAAGCUUUGCUUGGAGUUCUGGUUGCCAGACACGUUUGGCUACUCUGCACAGCUGCCCCAAGUGAUGAACGGCUGCGGGAUCCACCGGUUUCUAACGCAAAAGCUUAGCUGGAACCUCGUGAACACUUUCCCGCACAGCACCUUUGUCUGGGAAGGCAUUGAUGGGUCCCAGGUUUUAACCCACUUCCCACCUGCAGAUUCCUAUGGACUGGCUGGUUGUGUGGAGGAGAUGUUAAAAACGGUGAAGAACAACAGGGACAGAGGUUGUGUCAACCACAGUGCCGCUCUCUUUGGCUUCGGAGACGGGGGAGGCGGCCCAACGCAGAAGAUCCUGGACAGGCUGAGGAGGAUGAAGGACACAGACGGCUUGCCAAGGGUUCAGAUGUCCACACCUGACCGGCUUUUCACUGCCCUGGAAAAGGAAAGGGCUCAGCUGUGCACCUGGGUUGGCGAACUGUUUCUGGAGCUCCAUAAUGGCACAUACACCACACACGGACAGAUUAAGAAGGGGAAUCGGGAGUGUGAGCGCCUGCUCCACGAUGUUGAGGUUCUGAGUAGCUUUGCUUUGUCGCAGAAAAGUUCUUUCCAGUACCCGUCUGCUAAGCUUCAGCACCUCUGGAGGCUCCUCCUUCUGAAUCAGUUCCAUGAUGUCUUGCCAGGCAGCUGUAUCCAACUGGUAGCUGAGGAUGCCAUGAGAUACUAUUCAGAAAUUUGCAGUGCUGGAUCUCAACUUCUGAAAGAUGCGGUGCAGUCUCUGUUUGGAGGCCUUUUGUCAAGCAGUCAGGAGACUAAUGGGAGCAUCCUUGUGGUCAACACGUUGCCGUGGAAACGAACUGAAGUCAUCCCCAAAGCUGGACCAGGAGGAUCCAAGACCUUAGCCUUGGUGACAGUUCCCAGCAUGGGCUACUGUGUUGUUCAAGAUUCCUUACCUUCUCCAUAUCCCGUGACAGUGACCAAAGAGGUGGACGGCUCUGUCAUCAUGAAGAAUGGUCUUGUCCGGGUCUGUCUAGACACUCUGGGGCGUGUGACAUCGCUUUCCUUAAUGCAUCCAGAGAGAGAGUCAGUUCCCGAAGGUUGCUGCGCUAACCAGUUUGUGAUAUUUGACGACGUUCCAUUGUAUUGGGAUGCCUGGGAUGUCAUGGACUAUCACCUGGAGACCAGGAAGACCAUUGCACAUCUCCUUAAACCCUUGGAAAUCAUCCAGCCAGGGGGACUGCGCGGCAGUGUGACCUUCUCCCUUCAGAUCAGCGAGAGGAGCAUCCUUACCCAAGAGGUCAUUUUGGACGCAGCAUGCCCUCACGUCCGCUUCCAGACUCAGGUUGACUGGAAUGAGGCUCAUAAGUUCCUCAAGGUGGAAUUCCCUGCCAAGGUCCGGAGCCCCAAUGCCACAUAUGAGAUACAGUUUGGUCACCUUCAGAGGCCAACGCACUGGAACACCUCUUGGGAUUGGGCUCGGUUUGAGGUGUGGAGCCACAAGUGGAUGGACCUGUCUGAGCAUGGCUUUGGGGUGGCACUGUUGAACGACUCCAAAUAUGGCUGCUCCGUCCGGGGCAACGUGAUGAGCCUUUCUCUGUUAAGAGCACCAAAGUCGCCUGACGCCACAGCAGAUAUUGGGAGCCAUCAAUUUACAUAUGCAGUGAUGCCUCAUGUAGGUUCAUUCCAGGAGGCUGAGGUGAUCCGUCAGGCAUACAACUUGAAUUUCCCUCUUCACAAGGUGCCGUGCGUCUCAGGGCAGCACCCAGAUUGGAGCGCCUUCUCUGUGCAAUCCCCAGCUGUUGUCCUGGAAGCAGUAAAGCAGGCUGAGGACAUGCCAGGUGUGCUGGUGAUCAGGCUGUACGAGUCGCACGGCAGUACUGUGGUCACCUGGCUCCAGACGUGUCUCCCAGUCCAAGAGGCUGUCAUGUGCGACCUCCUGGAGCGGCCUGAUCCAAGCAAGUGCGUGCCACUGGAGGAGCGUGGCCUGCGCCUCUCCUUUACACCUUUCCAAGUACAAACUGUCCUGCUGACUUUGAAACAACCAGGCAGCAGCUGAACCUCUGGAGCACAAACUGCAAGCUUGCAGACUGGCUCCUUGGCUUCCUGCUGGGCAAGGGCCUGAAGCUGUGGCAGAUUUGCAAGAUCCACGCCAUUCUUCUUAUUUCUUUUAACUAGAGCACUAAGGUCCGCCAACCUGUGGCAAGUGCAAAACAGCUGCUGUGCGAUGCCGCCAAUGCAAAAUGGCAGGCUGGGGUGGCACCAGUGGCCUACUUUAACCGGUGAACUUCUAUUUCCUGGGAUGACCUACCUAUUCCAAGUCUAAAUCGUAGCUGUGAUUCCUGCAUUGCAGGGGGUUGGACUAGAUGACCCUCGGGUCCCCUUCCAACUCCACAGUUCUGUGAUUCUAUGAAAUCUACACCUGGGAUCCUUACAGCUUAAUUGACUUUGUGGCAGAGAGGGCAGCUUCUGUGUUACUAUUGAUAAAACAACUGGGAAGUCGGAAGCUUUUGCUUAUCUGCUGUGAAUCAUCCUGUUUCUGCUCAAACCACCUU